UAGCAUUUCUGUCACUAAAUUUUGAUUAACCGGGAAAGCCGUUGGUCUCUUUCCCGCUUACAAAUUUACAAAAUAAGUGAAAGAUAACUUUAUUAAUUAACAAAAAUUGUGUUUGUGUUUGUGUACGUUAAUAUAGGAAAAUUUUAUAAACCUGUUUCGUUUUUGAUCGCUGUUAAAUCAAGUUUAUUAUGCCUCCAAAACGUAGAAGACAAAGUCAAACAGAUGUUUCUGUAAGGGCGAAAAGAGUUAAAUUUACACUUGACAAUGCUAGAAUACCCGAAACCGAUGUGGAAGGAGUGGUAUUGGUUACCGGAUCUGGGGACACAGGACAGUUGGGCUUGGGGCCUGACGUUAUGGAAAAAACCAGACCUGCUCUGGUAAAUUUGGAACAAGAAAUUGUUGAUAUUUGUGCUGGCGGUAUGCACACAGUGUGUUUGACUAAAGAUGGAAAAGUUCUUACUUUUGGUUGCAACGAUGAAGGAGCUCUCGGUAGAGUUACAGAAGGUAAAGAUGAUGCCGAAUUUACGGCUGGGGAGGUAAAAUUACCCGGUAGAGUUAUGCAAGUGUCGGCCGGUGAUUCCCAUACGGCGGCUUUGAUGGAAGAUGGUAGAGUUUUCGCAUGGGGAACUUUUCGUGACUCCCACGGCAGUAUGGGCUUGACGUUGAACGGCAACGAAAAAAUGCCGUACGAGAUCCUGUCGAACGUGCACGUGGUGAAGAUAGCGUCCGGCGCCGAUCACAUAGUUUUUCUGACGAACUCCGGGGAGGUGUACACCUGCGGCUGCGCGGAGCAGGGUCAGCUAGGCAGAACGUCCGAGAGGGGGAGCAGCAGGCAUUCGCGCGGUUCCAUCGGUAAGGGGGCUCUAGAAAAACUCCUUAAACCUGCGCCGAUAAGCUUAAAACCGAGCUUAAAACUGCACUUCGACAACAUUUGGACCGGCACCUACGGCACAUUCUGCAAAGUGGCGAACAAAGACGACGUUUACGUAUUCGGACUGAACAAUUACUACCAACUGGGACUGGACAUCGUGGGCCCGCAGUACGUGCCCGUGCUGUCGAAGGAGUUCUCGCGGCACGAGUGGAACCUGAUCACGUGCGCGCAGCACCACACGAUCUGCCUGACGACGGGCGGCAAGGCGUACGCGAUCGGGCGCAAGGAGUACGGGCGGCUCGGGCUGGGCGAGCAGUGCGACGAGGCGCGCGAGCUGAAGGAGAUCGAGGCGCUGAGCGGCGAGGAUCUGGUCGACGUUGCCUGCGGCUCGUCCGUGUCUUUCGCCGUGACGAAGAAAGGUGACCUCUAUGCCUGGGGUAUGGGGGACGGGGGCCAAUUGGGCACUGGCGAAGAGGAGGAUUGCUUCGAACCGAAGCUAAUAAAGAGUAAGCAGCUACAGGAACGUAAAGUUUUCCGCGUAAGUGCCGGCGGGCAGCAUACAGUCAUCUUGGCAAUAAACAAUAACAAUAACUGAUAAAAUAAGGAAGAAAAACAAUUUAUAGUGAGUAAGAACUAAAAUAAAGUAAUUAACAAUUUAAAGGGUGUUAAAGGUAUGUAUUUAUUAUUUUAGUUUUAUUAAAUUACCUACACAUUUUGGCGACCUUAUCACUUUAUUAACACUCCAUUAAAUUUACUUUUAUUGAAUUUAAAUACAAUAUUACGCUGGAUAAUGAAGACAAAAUAAUUGUUAUUAAUUUACUUGUUAUAAGUUAUUGUGAAUGAUUUGUGUUUUACAGUUUGCAUGGUUAUGAAAAACAUGUCUUUAUUUUUAUAGUUCCACAGUUUUUUAUGGAUAAAUUAAGGAUAGAACGUUUCAUAACUAAGUUAUUGUAGUGUGGAUUUAGUUAUACUUUUAUGAAUUUUACAAAACUGCUCUGUUUGUACUACUGCCAUUUAUGUAUUUAAUAUUUGUAUUAUCAGUGUAUAUUAAUUUAUGUUUAUAUUGUUAAUGUACAAUAAAACUCAACCAUUACCAAGAA